GUUUACAAUACAAGUUGCAAAUUUGUCAUAACUAAGCGAUGGUCAAAGUAAAUGUGUUGAUAUUGUGUUAUGUUAUACGAUCAGGAUUUGGCAUGGAGUACGAAUUGAGUAAUAGAAUGGUUUUAACCGUUCGUGACUUAUUGAUAGGGCUGAGGUAUCCGCUACGAAUUUCUGUUAUGAGCUGUUGGAAUUCAGAUGAUACUACAAUGUUUAUUAGGAACAUCACAAGUGGUCCGAAAAAUUUUCAAAUUAAAAUCAUCAACGAUGCCAAUCCAAUCAUUCCCAAUAUGUACGAACGACAUCAAGAAGUUAUAAUAGCAGACCUUCAGUGUAACGAUACGAUCGAUACUUUCUCCAAGAUCAGCCGUUCGAUGUUCAACUUUUACAAAAUAAUUAUUUUCGAUGGCAGCGUUAGCAUGCAAACCCAUUCUGUUCUGAACAUGGACACAAAAAUUCGGCACCUGUUUCAUAACUGUCCUAUUAUGCCGAUGAGUCAGGUUUUCUUUAUUUCCGAUAGUUUUGCAAAAAAUCAUUUUUUAGUGAAGCAAGUCUAUCGAUUGGGAAUGAAUGAGCCGUUGAUCAUUGAGGAUUUUCCAUAUCCGCAUGUAAAGACAACGGAUUUAACAGCUGUCUUAAGACGACAAAAUUUCCAUGGGUAUCAGCUCAGGGCUUCAAUGGUGAUCUUGGAUAACGAUUCGUUGAAUCAUCUGGACGACUAUCGGGACAUACAUAUAGAUGCCGUAUCUAAGGUUGGCUAUCACCUAACAAAUCAUGUGGCAACAAUAUUUCUAAAUGCAACACUCAAAUAUUCGAUCGUUUCCACGUGGGGCUAUCAAAAUGCGACCACUGGCCAAUGGAACGGAAUGGUUGGUGAAUUACUGAGGGACGAGGCUGAUAUUGGAUCCACAGCAUUGUUUUUUACGCCUAAGCGCAUUUCUCUGUUGGAAUACAUUUCACGUUCGACAUCGGCUGUCGGAGGAUUCUUAUUCCAAGCACCGAAACUAUCAUACACCAGCAACAUUUACGCAUUACCUUUCAAUCGAUUACUAUGGAUUUGUUUGUUUGCUCUGGUGCUUGUUAUAGCAGGUUUCCUGUGCGGAGCUGUGCUUAUGGAGUUGAAAGUUUUGAGGAAUUAUGAGGCCCACUACCGCCUCAGUGAUGUAUACAUGACUGUUUGUGGAGCUUUAUGUCAACAAGGCUCGCCUGUAGCACCGAAUAGCGUAACCGGCCGAUUAAUUACGGCUGUUGCAUUUCUAAUUCUCAUGUUGGUAUUCGUUAGCUAUUCAGCAAACAUAGUUGCAUUACUGCAGUCGCCAUCGAAUCAGAUUAAAACCAUUAAAGAUUUGUAUGAAUCGAAAAUUGAUGCGUCUGUAGAAGACACGAUUUACUUCAGACACUAUUUCCCACUGGUCACAGAGACUUUAAGAAAAAAGUUCUUCGACGAGAAAGUGUGCAAAGAUGGAAAAUGUAAGUUUGUUGCGUUGGAGGAAGGAAUAAAACGAGUUCAGGAGGGUCAGCAUGCAUUUCACUGUGACUAUGCUAAAGCCUACAAAAUUAUCAGCGAAACGUUUCUAGAUGCGGAGAAAUGUGGCUUACGAGGAAUUCCAUAUUUUGAAAUGAAUUUAGAUACAUGGAGUGCAUUGCCAAAAAAUUCGUCGUACAAGGAAUUAAUUAAAAUCGGAAUGAUGAGAAUUCAGGAGCAUGGACUGCAGCAGAAAGAAAAUUUACGAUAUUACAUGACAAAGCCUAAAUGUCAGGGUGGUGGAGGAAAUUUUGUGUCAGUCAGUUUAGUUGACACCGGUCCCGCAGUGAUUUUGUUGGGGUGGGGAAUGGGACUUACGUUGGUGGUUUUUAUAUGUGAAAUUGUUUUCGCUAAGUUUAAUGUAAUACGCAAAAAAUUUAAUAAUUUCAAAAAGUUUUUGAACCGCGGACCCUUAUGAGGGAAUGAAAGUGCCGAGAGGCACAAGUCUACAAAGUUUUCACUUAUCAGUAGUUUUUAGUAAAUUAGUAGGCAACACCGUCCUUGAAAUCAUUUGGUCAUUAUAAACGUUCUAUCAAUCAAAUUCGUGUUCUAAAAUUUAAAAUAAAAAUUAUUUGAAAUUCAAACUUUAAUUUUCCGGCGUGAGUAAACCGGAAACGAGAUCAGUUCCACCGUUCGAAUCACUACUGACAAAAAUCGAAGGAAAUUCAAAACAAACGAUAACUAGCAUUGUAAACACACAAAAUGUCUUUAGAGCAAAUGGAAUUCUGUGAAUCAUGUGUACCAUCUUACUGUGCACCUUACUGUAGGAGCAAAAAACUUCCUUCUCGUACAUUGUAUCUGAACUGUGAACGAUUGAAGCAUAACGGUCUACAAGACGACUGCCGGCGUACUAAAUGUGAGAAAAAUGAUAAUUGCUUUGCAGGAAAGCCGCCCAAAAUAAUCAAUAGAAACACGCCAGCUUAUGAUAUCAAACAUAAUGGUCUGCAACAGGAAUAUCAGAGGGGGAAAUACAAGAUAAAGCAAGAGUUCAAAGUUAUUUGAAAAUAUUUUGACAAUGUUCAUUGCCGUCGUUGAGAUUAAAUUGCCGGGGAUCAUAGUUCAAUAGCCGUAUAGUGUCUAAUCUAAAAGCUAAAUACUUUUCCUCUAUUCUCCUUAUUUGAAUGCUUAAUAAAAUCUGCAAAUUCUAAA